UCAACCGACGAAUGGGUUGAACAUACUCAGCCUAUCCUACAGGAUUAUGCCAACAGGCAAAUUCCUCUGCCACUUGGCCAGAGGGUUAAUGUAUCGCUUAACGAGCCUUCUCAAUUUAUCCAGGGGGCAUUGCAAUUGCUUGCCAAUCGCGACCACCCCAAAAAUCCUCCUAUUGAUCCAUCUCGUCAACUUGGUCCUCAGCUGAUCGAGAACUUCACGGACGUGCACAGAUGGGCAACAGAGUACUUUCGUGCGCGUUUUGGGAUGUCAACUGUGGGAAGCGAUAUACCUGUGCUUUUGACGAUCAUCACGAACACUUUCUAUGAAGCCCACACCCAACUUAUUGAUAGUAUCGCAGAUGCAGCACUUGCAAAUAUGCAUGGUCGUGGAGCUGCCAUCCUGGAUAUUGAGGACUUUGCGUUUGGAUACGACUUCGAGAUGAGCCAACAAUUGCCUUUUGCUGUGGAAUCCAGCUCUCGUAUUCACGAUACCCUUGAGCAACACCGGCGUAAGUCAUUUCUGAGAUACUCAUUGUAG